AUGGCCACCUACCAGUUAGGGGUUGCCCAGUGCUUCCAAAAUUAUGCACCCUGGUUACUGCGCACAGCACCUUAUGUCCUGGGUGCCUCUGCAGGGUCUCUGGUCGCAGCUGCUGUAGUCUGUGAAAUGAGCCUGAUUACUAUUCGAGAUGAGAUGCUGCAUUUUGCCGAACAGAUGAAUGCUUUUCCACUUGGACCAUUUAACCCCUCAAUCAAUAUUUUCCACUGGUUAGAGAGUAUUUUAAACAAACAUCUUCCUCCUGAUGCGCACCAACUGGCCAACGGGCGUCUUUCUGUGUCAAUGACGCGCUUGUCUGAUGGCAAGCACAUUGUCGCAUCCGAGUUUCUGAGCAAAGAGGAUGUAGUGCAGGCUUUGCUAUGCAGCUGCUUUGUGCCUGUGUACUGCGGUAUGCUGCCUCCAUCCUUCAAAGGAGAAUAUUAUUUGGACGGAGGUUUCAGCAAAAUGCAGCCCGUGCUGCAUCAAACCUUGACGAUUUGUCCAUUCUCCGGAGAGAUAGACAUCUGUCCCACAGACACACCUUGCAUGUGGGACAUGGUGGUGAGUGGCACCACCUUGAAUGGCAACAUGGCUAACAGUUUCAGGAUCUUAAAUGCUCUCUACCCCAUGGCUCAAGAGACUCUGGAACAAGCCUUCCACAGCGGCUUCAAGGAUGCUUUAGAUUUCCUUCAAAGCAAUGAUCUUUCCCCAUAUUUGAUGAUGCACAAAGGAUCCCAAGGGCCACUCAACUGUCACCAAACUAAAACGUUGAUGAAUCUGGAGACCGCAAUAGAGGGAGAGAAGGAGAUGAAUGUGUGGCUGGGCUGUAUAAUGAGCGAUUGA